AUGGCAUCCAACCGCGAGAGGAACCUUAAGCAACCUAUGAUUGAAGAUUAUGGACGCUCGAUGGGAGAGGCGUACUGGAAUGGAAUGUAUGAUAUGAUCAAGCAUUACCGAGCACUUCUCAAGAUGUACAGGGAGUUGCAGCAUGCCGAGCAUGAACGACACCAAGCAGGGCUCGAAGUCUAUCGCAUUGCCGGUAAGUUGGAAGUGAUUGAAUAUCUCUUCAACGAUGACGCUAUCAUGGAGGUGAAGGAGAAGCUUAAGAGUGAACUUGUACUUGCUGAGGUUAAUCUUGCUGAUAAGAAGGUUCCGACUCUGAACUGGGACAAGGUUUCUCCAAAACAUGGUGUAGUCCGUUACUUCUAA